UGAUUGGAUGAAUCCACCCACGCUCAUUAAUUAUUCAUUAACUUCUCUCGAGCGCCCCAAGGACGAAAGUUAGCGCGACACCUGACCGCAUCCCCGUCAACAUGGAGCUGAGGAAGCGCGCGCUGCUGCUGCCGCUGGUUUUACUGGGUUGGUGUAUUGAACACUCUGAGGGAUUUAACGUUGGAACAUCAGGAGCCAAAAUUUUCUCGGGCACGAAAUCGGAUGAGUUUGGAUACACAGUGCAGCAAUUCAGCAAUCACCAGGGGAAAUGGUUAUUAGUGGGAGCUCCCUGGAAAGGCUACAGUCAGAACAGGAAAGGAGAUGUGUAUAAAUGUGCGAUUGCAGGACCUACGACUACCUGCGAUAAACUCAACCUACAGAACGCUGUCAACAUACCAAACGUGCAGAACAUCAACGUUAACAUGAGUCUGGGUCUGACCCUGAUGCAAACCACCAAAAACCGCGGAUUUAUGACAUGCGGUCCUCUCUGGGCUCAGGGUUGUGCUACUCAGUAUUUCUACCCGGGAGUGUGUGCAGAAGUGAGCCCUCUGUUCACUCCUCAACCAGCGUUCUCUCCUGCGCUACAAACUUGCAGUGGGCCGAUGGACAUCGCUAUAGUUCUGGACGGAUCUAACAGUAUUUAUCCUUGGCCUCCUGUUGUGAAUUUUCUUAAGCAGCUUUUAGGACACCUUGAUAUCGGACCCCAGCAAUCUCAGGUCAGCAUCAUUCAGUAUGGUGUCGAUCCCAAAAUGGAGUUCACUCUGGACAAGUAUAAAACCAGAGAGACGAUCGUUCAGGCGGCUUCGUUGAUUCCUCAGAGAGGUGGAACCGAGACAAACACGUUCCGAGCUAUUGAGUAUGCCAGGGUGAACGCUUUUCUGAGUACAAACGGAGGACGUCCGGGUGCCAGUAAAGUGAUGGUGGUGGUGACUGACGGAGAGUCACAUGAUAACUCUAAACGAGACAAAGUCAUUCCAGCAUGCGAGAAAGACGGCAUCACUCGCUUUGGCAUUGCUGUGCUCGGGUACUACAUAAGGAAUAACAUCGACAGCAAAAAACUUGUCGAGGAAAUCAAGUCAAUCGCCAGCAGUCCUUCAGAAAAAUAUUAUUUCAACGUGUCUGCUGAAGAGGCUCUCCUGGAGAUCGCCGGAACUCUGGGAGAUCGCAUCUUCAACAUCGAAGGCACAGGAACCGGCGGUGAAUUUCAGAUGGAAAUGUCGCAGGUUGGGUUCAGCGCACACCAGACCAAAAACGAGGACGUGAUGAUGCUGGGCGCUGUUGGAGCGUACGGAUGGACCGGAACUGUAGUGCAUAAAACUGCUCAGAAAUCAGAGAUUUUUCCCAAAGAAGCUUUUGAGCGAAUCCUUGAAGACAGAAACCACAGUUCACUUCUGGGAUACUCGGUUACCACUCUGUAUAGCGGUUCCACUGAGUACUUUGUGGCCGGUGCUCCUCGCUCUAACCACACGGGUCAGGUCGUGGUGUACACACUCAACACUCAGAGACAACCCGAAAUCCGACACUCCCAGAGAGGAGAUCAGAUCGGCUCGUACUUCGGAAGUGUGCUCUGUCCCCUGGAUGUGGACAGUGACGGUGUUACAGACCUUCUGCUGGUUGGAGCUCCGAUGUACAUGAGUGAUGAGAAGAAGGAGAUGGGCAAAGUCUACAUCUUCACCAUUACUAACGGGUUCUUGAGUAGCCAGGGGUUUCUGGAAGGUUCCUCUCCACUGGAGAACGCGCGAUUUGGAAUGGCCAUCGCCGCUGCUCCUGACCUCAACCUGGACGGAUUCACCGAUGUGGUGGUCGGAGCGCCGCUGGAGGAGAACGGCCAGGGAGCCGUUUAUAUUUACAACGGAGACGCAAAGAGCAUCAGGAAGCAGAGCUCACAGAAAAUUCUUGCCAUGAAACUGGACUCAAAGUUGAGGUACUUUGGACGUUCUUUAGACGCCAGUGGAGAUCUGAACGGAGACUCGGUCCCAGACGUCUCAGUGGGGAGUUACGGGAAUGUGCUUCAGCUCUGGUCCAGGGGAGUGGCGGUGGUGACGGCCCGGGUCACGUUCACACCGGACCGGAUCAGCGUCCUGAGUAAAUCGUGUAGCCUCAAUGGACGGAUGGUGUCCUGUUUUAAAGCUAAAGUCUGCUUCAGCGCAGAGUUCAAACCGUCAAACCCCGUCGGACCUGCAGAGAUUAAGUACAACAUGACGCUGGACGCUGACCUGCAGUCGUCUCGAGUCAGCUCCAGAGGUCACUUCGGGAACUCGGAGCGAGUGGUCCAGCAGGACAUCGGCGUGUCCACGGCCGAGACGUGUGAGGAACAUCAGGUGUACGUUCAGGACACUCCUGACCUCGUCAACUCCAUCGCCGUCCGCGUCGACAUCAGACUCCAGCAGCCGGACUCCAGCCCCGUGCUGGAUGCCUUCAGUCCCACCGCAUGGGAGUUUUUUAUCCCAUUUUCUAAAGACUGUGGUGUUGAUGAAGUGUGCUACAGUGACUUGGUGUUGAGCGUCGAGAGAGAACCACCGACUAGCUCCUCACUGCUGGUGAGUCAUAAGAACAGAAGGCUGUCGCUGACCGUGACGGUGAUGAACAGGAAGGAGAAUGCGUACAACACCAGAGUGAUCGCACGCUACUCCAGCAACCUGUUCUACUCCUCCGUUACGCCGUCUAGCGAUGGUACCGAGGUCAAAUGCACCUCCAUUAAGGAUACCGAAACAGUCACGUGCCAAGUGGGAUAUCCAGCACUCAGGACUGACCAGUCGGUAACAUUCGAGAUUAAUUUUGACUUUAAUUUGGCACAAUUACAAAAGGAAGUCAAAGUGGUUUUCGAAGCCCAGAGUGACAGUGCAGAGGAAACUCCAGCGGAUAACGGCGAGACGGUGAUGAUCCCCGUCCAGUACAUGACAGAGAUCAUCCUCAGCAGAGAAGCCAACUUGAAUGUUUACUUGCUUGACGAAAAGGAUGAAAUUACAAACCCGAUAAAGACCUACAGUGACAUCGGCCCAGAGUUCAAGUUCACUCUCAAGGUUUCCGGAGCAGUUUUUCCAGUCAGUCUUGUUUACCUCAGAGUGUCGCUGCCCAUCAGUAUGAAAUCAGGGAAUCAGCUGCUGUAUAUAACCUCAGUCGAGGGCACACCGCGGAGUGAUGUUCAGUGUGAAACCCAAGCGUUGAUUGACCCGUUUAACAUCGGAGAGACAGAAUACACAGCCAAAUUCACCAAGGAGAGCUUCAGAGGAACCAGUCACCUGAACUGCGGCUCGGCCGUGUGUAAGCAGCUGACGUGUGUGCUGAAAGACCUGGGCGUGAAAACGGAGUACUACAUCGGCGUGUCCACGAGGAUUUGGAACGGAACGUUCUCUCAGGCUGAUUUCCAGUCGGUCGUAUUAGACGUGAACGCUCAGAUCGAGACGUCUCAGCCUGAUCUACUCGUUAUCGCCCACAAACAAGUGACGGUCGACGUCACGGUGAGUAAACCCGGAGCCAAAGGUGAUGUACCUGUCGGUGUGAUCGUGGGCAGUGUGAUCGGAGGAUUACUCCUGCUGGCUGCUGCUGUCGCAGUGUUGUGGAAGCUGGGCUUCUUUAAGCGCAAAUACCAGCAGCUGCAGAGAAACGAGGACGGCGCUGAAGCAGAGGGACUACAGGACAACGCAGGACAACCGUGAGACCAACACUGAUGUCCGAUCCGUUUAAAGACUGUCUGAUCUCAGAUCAGCUGGAGUCAAAGAUGUAACCCUCAGAGAGACGGAGUUCAGAUCAGCAGCAGCGAGGCGAAGAACCUCAACCAGACACCAGCAGCAGGAAACGACUGUGAUCUGGCUCGAAUGGAAAACUGUCUGAAAAGCCACGAAUGGACAACAAUCCGACUGUUGUGCUGCCGUGGAAAAUCCGCACAUUCGCUGUUUAUUUUCACCAACACUAGAGAAUGUUUCAUUUUUCACUCCGAGUCUCUGAAUCAGCGUACGAGGACCUCCUUUCCCGUUUGUUUUUCACUUUCAUUUGGAAAUACUGUAAAUAUUACUGAUAGAGAAAUAUUGUUGAAAAUGAAAAUGGCACGCAAACUGCACUGACUUUUUCCCUGACAGAACAGAACAAAAUUACUAUGGAAAAUAAGAGUUCUUCCUUUUUAGAUAUUUUAAUUAAAAAAAAAAAAGUCUUAUCAUUUUGAACAUCAUAUCAUAUGUAUCAUUUUCAUGAGAAACAUUUCACAAUAUUCAAUAAUGCCACAUUUCAGUUUUUAAUGUUUAUAUUUCAGUAUUGACGGUGACUACAAAACAUUUUUGAUAUAAUUUGAUAUAAAUUAUCCUGAAGUCGGAUCAACCAGUCCUUCAGAUGAUCUACUACUGAAUCAUUCAUAGUGUAAAUGCUUUUUGGUGAAAUGCUAGCUCAGGUGCGGCCAAAUAGCAUCGUUCUAACAUACAACACGUGGAAGAUUAACAUUACAUGCAGUCGAGUGCGAAAGUUUUUAUCCCCUUUAAUCAAGACUUCAGUUACAAUGGGCCUCAUUAUUGUCAUUUAUUGUAACUGCCAGUCAGUUGUUAAAUACCAAGUGCAAUCAUGAAAAAGGCUGCAAAACAAGAGUAACAUUUAGCCACACCCACAAAACUCCAUAAAAGGUAAAGAGUGCUCAAAAUGACAAAAUGGAGACCAAACAGUGAACAAGCAUGUCCUAAGUGUGGUGUGAACUAAAUCUUACAGUAACGCAGUUAAGCAACUGCAGCAGGUCAGCUACAAUACUGACUCCUCCUCUUUUUUAUAGGGCGCCAUUACUUUUGUCCUAAUUGAAUGGCUAGUGUUAUUCGUCUUCAUCUAUGCAUUUGUUUUCCUUCAAGUCAUUAAUAUGAAGUGACAGAGUUUGACAAAAUGUUCAUUAAAUUGGUUAAAUAAAUAAGUGAUUUACAUGUGACAGCGUAAACCUUAAAAAUCGUAAGAAAAAAAAUCGCAGUAACUCAUCGACCAUUACACGACUUGAACCCGAUUGGUCGAGUUUCACGUUAGUGAGUUUCCUUAUAUGGAAAUUUACACAGACUGAGGAGCCAAACGUAAGAUAGGAACAUUUUUCCAAUUUGAACACCACAUUUCUUGUGUAAAUGCUCCUGUGAAUGAUUUUCAAAUUAAUUAAUUCGUAUCCAGUGUGAUAAAUGAGGUUCAGCGUGGUACAAUACAAACCAAACACACACACACACACUUAUUUUAACAGUUUUAUAGCUAAAUAAAGGUACAUUGUGCUUUUUCCCAUCUAAAAACCAUGCAGUAAUGAAAACAUUUGACUUCGAUUGUACGUCCAGCAUUAAAUACAAAAGACUUAAAAAGUGUAAAGGUCUUUUUUUUGGGGCUAAAAAAUUUUAACUUUGAAACGGAGGACGUGAUUAACCAACAGGAAAUAACUUUUCUUUUUUUUUUAGAAUUGUUACAGAACUGUAUGUGUGUUUAUACACACACAUAAAUAUACAUAAACGCAGUUCUGUAACAGUUCUUAGAAAAAAAAAAAGAACCUUGCAUAUGUUUCCUGUUGGUUAAUCACAUUCUCCGUUUCAAAGUAAGUGUGUGUGUGUGUGUGUGUGUGUGUGUGUGUGUGUGUGUGUGUGUGUAUAAGUAGACAUAGUAAAAAGUUAAGUGUAGUGCACAAGGUUACAUUACCUUUCAGACCAAAAUCCUUCAUCAGCUGUGAAAGCAAAGUGCUAUAUAUAUAUAUAUACAGGCUAUAUGUAGAAGAUGAAUGAAAAAAAAUCUCUACAUCAAAUACCUAUAAAAGCUUGUUUCUGCUGCGUAUGAGAAAAUAUUACACAGCUUUAUCUCACAGUUGCAACUUUUUUCCCCCUGCAUUUUCCAUUCCUCGUAUAUAUAUUCCAACUUAUAUUCCUCGUUUACACAAAAAAAGUCAUGAUGUUGUGAAAAUAACCCGCAAUUUCGAGAUUUUUUUUUAAAAAGUCACAAUUUAGUGAUAUUAACUUGCAAUUGUGAGAAACAAAAGUUGCAGUUGUGUCGAAAUAACUGAGCAACAUGAACUCACAAGUACGAGAUAAACUCACAAUUGAGUGACAUUUACUCACAAUUGUGAGAUAAACACACAACUGAGUAAUUCAGCUGUAAGAAAAAAUGGAGCAUUUGUGUAAAAACUCCCAAUUACGAGAUUUAAAAAAGCAACUGCAUGAUAGUAACUCAAUCACGAGCGUAAUAUUUUCUCCUACGUGGCAGAAACAAGUUUCCAUAAUUAUAACAAACUGGUGAAAAUAUUUUAUACCUGUGUGUUUGUUGGAACGUGUUUAACACUGCUUUUAUUUUUAAACACUUCAUUCUUCUCUCUCUCUCAGGAACAGAAAGCAUUACAUAAACUACUGGAAUACUGUACUGUAAUAUUUAAACACUCUGCUGACUGAAACGUGGUGUUCACACACACACACACACACACCAGCCAGCGGAAUGAUGUUUCUGGGAAUUUAAAAAAAAAAUCCAUUGUUUUUCACAUUCUUACACGUUUCAGCUCAAGUGAAAGUUUAUUGUUUAUUUUUACAGUUAGAGUUUUCUUUACAUGUUCAACCGGCACUUUACUCGCUUCUCACUUACCUGUUAGUUCACGUUAGUGAUGUUGAUUGUACUUAACCUUCUGGAUUUACUUUUUUUUCUCUUGUAUUUUAUUUCUACAAAUGCCUUACUUUAUAUUUCUUUUGCCCAUCUAGAAAAAUGUAAAAAAAAAAAAUUUAAUUUUCAGCAUUUUUUUUUUUUUUCGUCCAACCUUUAGGCUUUGGUAAGAGUUUGUAUUUUUAUAUUUUACUCAGACUGUACAGCACAACUGUAAAUGUAAGAUUAUUAUUUACUGAAUCUGAAUUCUGCAAUAAGUUAAAUAUGUACUGUAGUCGGAUUUUACCCUCCACAUAGAAAAAAUACUGAUUACUGUAAUAAUGUGUUUCUAUAAAUUUAUCAGAGCUCUAAAUGUUUACAGAAUUUAAUUUUUUUUUUUAAAUGGUACGUUAUUUCAAUUUUUAUCUAGAAUAAUAGGAACAAAUUGCCCUGUUUUCUCUAACAAAUUUAUGGCAAUUUAUCAGUAAAGUGAUCAGUAAAAUCUUUAAUUUGCUUAA